AGAUAGAAUCAUUGUUUAAAUAUCACUGCACUUUUUUCAGGUUCUUGCACUGGAGCAUUUGCAUUCUGUAAAAAUCAUUCAUAGAGACUUAAAAUCAGACAAUUUGCCCAUCGGCCAAGAUGGUCACAGAUGACUUAUCAGGUGCUCCCAUGGGCAGCAGCGGUUUUCUAACAAGCCAUGAACCAAAAGCUCCCAGUUCAUCAAGCAAAGAUACUCGUAAAAAGCACUCUGUUGUUGGAACUCCUGAUUAUCUGGCGCCUGAAAUACUUCUUGGAAUGGGACAUGGUAAAACUGCUGAUUGGUGGUCGGUGGGUGUCAUUCUUUUCGAGCUGCUCGUUGGUACUCCUCCCUUCAAUGCUGAAACACCACAGCAAAUUCUUGAGAAUAUAAUCAACAGAGAUAUAUCAUGGCCUAGUGCUCCGGAGGAGUUGUCUUAUGAAGCAUACGAUUUGAUCGACAAGAUGUUGACUGAGAAUCCUGUUCAGAGACUAGGAGCAACAGGGGCUGGAUCCACUCAGUUGAAUUGACCCACACAUCAACCGCAGCUGGAUACGGAACCAAACCAGGACGGGCAUUGGGGACGGUGUAUGAGACGCGGAUGUUCAAGAGGAUGAACCUUUGGCACGUUCCUGACAUGUGACAAGAGUUCCCUUGUUUGUUAAUGCUUGUCUGAGAAUUUGUUCUACAACAAGACUUUCGGUUCACCCUCCGUCAACUGUACAGGAAAGCACAAUUGGUCCCUUACAAAGUUUC